AUGCCUUCUGCUCUUCAGCUAGCGGUUACUCAAGAAUUUGAAUGCGGAAAUUUGAGCGAAGAUCUCACGGUGGAGCUAUUUCAGCUCCUUCUAAAAUGGGGCGCAGAUAUUCACAUCCCUGACUUCCUCGGUUUUUACCCUAUUCCAGAUGACUUCAAUGGGGAGUUUCCGGUUGCUAUUAGGAUGACGCUUUUGCACUCCGCAGCAGCAAAGGGUCGUACAUCUUUAGUUGAGGCCCUGGUUUGUGCUGGUGCAGAUGUCAAUGAGCCGACAGGAGAGAAGGGCUUCACGGCAUUCCAAGUGGCCGUCCGGUUUGGGAACGCAGAGAUGGUAAGCUACCCGAUACAGUCAGGUGCCAAUACCAAUGUGCCACAAAUCAUAAUUUUUGAUAAGCCUGCACUGGUCGCGGCAGUGGCAAAGGACGACUUGGAAUUGGUUUCUUUACUGCUUCAGACUGGAGCAGACCCAAAUAUCACGGGAAUGAUCGAUGUCGGUCCCAUGCUGAAGAUGACGGCGUUACAAACAGCAUCAUGCCAACCUGAAAGUCUUUGGUCUCCAGAUGAUAAUCCAACGAUUAGGUUGGAGAUGGUGAAACUUCUCCUGAACGUAAGGGCUAAUCCAAAAACACCACGAUUCACGAGUGAUGCAAAAGACAGGUCCCCGCUUGCCUGGGCUGUUUUUUCCUACGACACUGAUGUCGUAAAGCUCCUGCUUGACCACAGUAGUCGCUGCUUUAACCUGAGCCGAGCCUAA